GCACGGUGCACGCACAGAUUGGCCUCUUUUUACCUGAAGCUCUCAUUAGUGGUUCGCGCGCACGCUUUUCAGUUCAAUUCCACGCGUAUAUUUUUUUUAUGCGAGAGAGGAAGAUAAAAAUAUAGGAUUUCAAGACGGAAUUGAGGGGUGAUGAAACGGAAUACAUCACGGUUCCUGCUGCAGGGUUAGAUGCUUAAUAUCUGCCGUUACUGUGAGGUUACACUGCCAGGAGCAGCUCGUAAAUAAGUGUGGGCUACCGUAACCGUUCUCCCGCUGGGACAAGCUCUCGGUCUCCUGCUAUGUGCGGGGAAUACAGAGACCCGUGCACUGAAUCCGCUACACCACCUCCGGAGCCGUCGGACAAGCACCGUACCAGCGUGCGCACUGAGAGAUGCUAGUAUGAUCGCUCUUUCUUUCAAAUGUAGAUGUCAAAUACUGCGGAGAGUGAACAAAGAUGAGGGGCCAUACACAAAGCACUCCAACCCCUCCAGGCCACCGGAUGGAGCGCUGGCCAUCAGGAGGCAGAGUAUCCCAGAUGAGUUUAAGGGAUCCAGUGUUGUGGAGUUGAUGAAGAAAGAGGGAACCACUCUCGGUCUCACUGUCUCCGGGGGCGUGGACAAGGAUGGAAAGCCCCGGGUGUCCAACCUGCGCCAGGCUGGCAUCGCUGCUAGGAGUGACCAGCUCAAUGUGGGUGACUAUAUCAAGUCUGUAAACGGGAUCAACCUGACCAAGUUCCGUCACGAUGAGAUCAUCAGCCUGCUGAAGAACGUUGGCGAACGUGUGGUUCUAGAGGUGGAAUACGAGCUUCCACCCGUCUCUGUUCAAGGCUCUGGGGUGAUGUUCAAAAAUGUUGAGGUGACUCUGCACAAAGAAGGCAAUACGUUCGGCUUUGUCAUCCGAGGAGGAGCCCACGAGGACAGGAACAAAUCCCGCCCCGUUGUCAUAACGACUAUCAGGCCAGGUGGACCUGCUGACAGGGAAGGUACGGUGAAGCCAGGAGACAGGCUCCUGAGUAUCGAUGGGAUCCGUCUUCACGGGACAUCCCAUGCGGAGGCCAUGUCCAUCCUCAAACAGUGUGGACAGGAGGCUACGCUACUCAUCGAGUAUGACGUCUCCAUCAUGGACUCCAUAGCCACAGCUUUGGGGCCUCUGCUGGUAGAGGUAGCCAAGUCCCUGGGGUCCAGUCUGGGCCUGGCCCUCAACACCUCCAUGUACUUCAACAAGCAGGUCAUCAUCAUAGACAAGGUCAAGCCCGCCAGCAUCGCAGACAGGUGCGGGGCGCUGCAUGCGGGUGACCACAUCCUGUCUGUGGAUGGUACCAGUAUGGAGUACUGUACCCUGGCCGAGGCCACCCAGCUGCUCGCCAGCGCCUGUGAACACGUCAAGAUGGAGAUCCUGCCAAACCACCAGACCAGGCUGGCCCUCAAGGGCCCCGAACACGUCAAGGUGCAGAGAAGCACGCGGACCCUUCCCUGGGAGUCCUCUUCAGCCAACAACAACAGCAACUUCCUCCCCUACCAACACUAUAACACCUACCAUCCUGACCAGUCCCAGAGACACCAGGCCUCCAAGCACCACAAAACCUCUCCCAACAACCCCCCUCUAGGCUCAUCCUUCUCUCCUACCUCUAUGAGUGCCUACAGUCUGAGUUCCCUCAACAUGAGCACCCUGCCCAGGAACAUGUACCCUGCCAGCCCCAGAGGGACCAUGAUCAGGAGGAAACUCAAGAAGAAGGACUUCAAGAGCUCACUGUCUCUGGCUAGCAGUACCCUGGGUCUAGCGGGUCAGGUUGUUCACACUGAGACCACUGAGGUGAUUCUGGUCAGUGACUCUAUCAUGGGGUUCGGCAUCCAGCUACAGGGGGGGGUGUUUGCCACAGAGACCCUGUCCUCCCCCCCGCUCAUCGGCUAUUUGGACCCAGACAGUCCUGCAGAGAGGUGUGGGAUCUUGCAGAUAGGUGACCGUAUCCUGGCUAUAAACGGGAUCCCUACAGAGGACAGCACCCUGGAAGAGACCAAUCAGCUACUGAGAGACUCCAGCAUCACCAGCAAGGUCUCGCUGGAGAUAGAAUUCGACGUGGCAGAGUCAGUCAUCCCUAGCAGUGGCACCUUCCAUGUAAAGCUACCAAAGAAGCCUGGGGUAGAGCUGGGGAUCACCAUCAGCUCUCCGUCCAGUAGGAAACCUGGGGACGCUCUCAUCAUUUCCGACAUCAAGAAGGGCAGCGUGGCUCACAGGACUGGCACCCUAGAGCUGGGGGACAAGCUGCUGGCCAUCGAUAACAUCCGCCUGGACAACUGUUCCAUGGAAGACGCUGUUCAGAUUCUCCAGCAGUGUGAAGAACUGGUCAAGCUCAAGAUCCGCAAGGACGAGGACAACUCAGGUAACGAACAGGAGCUGUCUGGAUCCAUCAUCUACACAGUGGAGCUGAAGAGGUACGGAGGCCCGCUGGGGAUCACCAUCUCAGGCACAGAGGAGCCCUUUGACCCCAUCGUCAUCUCCAGCCUCACCAAGGGAGGACUAGCCGAGAGGACGGGAGCGAUCCACAUCGGGGACAGGAUCCUAGCCAUCAACAGUAACAGCUUGAAGGGUAAACCACUGAGUGAAGCCAUUCACCUGCUGCAGAUGGCUGGAGAGUCUGUCACCCUGAAGAUCAAGAAACAGGGAGAACUGGCCAGUCCCAAGCAGCCGUCGGUGUCUGGUCGUCUCAGUGAUGUGAUGCUGAGUGACGUGGAGGACGAGGCAGGGUUAGGGGGUCUGGGAGGCCAGGCAGAGAGCCAGAAACCUGGGAAGCUCUCUGACCUCUACUCCACCACCAUCCCCUCUGUGGACUCAGCCGUGGAGUCCUGGGACGGCUCAGCCAUAGACAACACCUUCAACACCCAGGCCCCAGGCUUCCAGGCGUCUGGCUACAGCUUCCACAGCCAUGAGUGGAGGAACGCCAAGCCCAGCCAAGGCAGCCUGUCCCCUGUCAGCACCCGCCAGAGAAACAACAUCCUGGCAGACCUGGGCCUCAGCGACGACGAAUGGGACAGACCCACCGCCGGCGGAGCUUCUACGCUGCCCACCGGCCUAAUCACUGACAGCAGGUUCACUGUGGGUCAUGACGGGACCGAGCCGGACCAGGAAGAAAACUUCUGGUCUCAGGCCCUGGAAGAUCUGGAGACCUGCGGCCAAUCUGGCAUCCUGAGGGAACUGGAGGCCACCAUUAUGUCUGGCAGCAGUAUGAGUCUGAACCAUGACCCUGCUCCUCUGAGGAGCCACCUGGGUCGGCAGGCCAGCUUCCAGGAGCGCAGCGCAGCCCGGCCGCAGUGCAACCAGUCCUCACGCUCCAACACACUGCCCAGCGACGGGGGGCGCAAGGCCUUCGCCAUGAGGAAGAUGAAGCAGGAGAUGAAGGACAUCAUGUCGCCCACCCCCGUGGAGCUGCACAAGGUGAGUCUGUUGAAGGAGUCGGACCUUGAAGACUUUGGCUUCAGCGUGUCGGACGGCCUCCUGGAGAAAGGUGUUUAUGUUAACAACAUCUGCGCAGGGGGACCUGCAGAGGUCGGGGGGCUGAAGUCCUACGACAGGCUGCUACAGAUCAACCAUGUGAGGACCAGAGACUUCGACUGCUGUCUGGUGGUCCCUCUGAUUGCUGAGUCAGGCAACAAUCUGGACCUGGUGAUCAGCAGGAACCCUGCUUCCUCCAGGACCGGGUCCCAGUCAGAACUGAACCAACUACCCACCGAGGAGCCCGUCAUCAACUGGACCGAGCCGGGGGACAGCCUCUCUGGCCCUCCACCGAACCAGAACCACCACUCCUUAUCCAGGAUGGCUGCCGGGAUCGGGGUGACUGGUAUCGGGGUGGCGCUGGCCGGGGCCGAGCUAGAUGACAGAGACCCCACCAAGACCUUAUAGCAGACUGGAGGUCUGAAGGCCCAAGGCUCUGUCUGUCUGAUAGCCAGCGCCGGCCCUUCCUCUGGUGCUACUGUAGAAAACCACUCUGAUGAGACAGGGGGUCAAUCUAAAAAUGGAGCCCUAUUGCAUGUGUAGGGCACUACUUCUGUCCAGAGCCUCUUUGCAGGCUAACCCUCACAGCUCUGGCUAAACGUAGUGCACUACCAAGGGAAUAGGGUACCAUUUAGGACACAGACAGACAGACAGACAGACAGACAGACAGACAGACAGACAGACAGACAGACAGACAGACAGACAGACAGACAGACAGACAGACAGACAGACAGGUGUUCCUAGGUGGACGAUGGGGGCCCGGGGCCGCUAAGUCAAAGCACACUGACAAAAACUAAACUCCUUCCUCUGAGCCACAAUCACAAGAGGUUCCCUCUCCUCUUCCUCCUUCACACUGGGGACUAUUGGCUACUGUGUGCACCUCUAGCCCAAGGACUACAAAGAACUUCAAAAGAUGGAGGCAACAUCGACCACACUGACCUCUUGGAAAAUACCUGAGACAAAAAACGAAUAACAGUGAAGAAGUGAAAUAAUAGUGCCAUCCAAUCUAUCCUUUUUAUUACUGCAGCUGGACAAUAAACAGGAACACACUUCUGUUCUUUAAAACAAAAGGAAAAAAAAAGAACAUUUGCUGAAACGUUUCCAUGUGAUGCUGGACUGGCCACUCUGUAAGUGUAUGUGUAUGUUUGUGCGCGUUCACCACUGCUGCAUCACGGCGUGACUGAAACAAGGCCAGAGCGAAACAAACCCUCCAUCUUGUUUUUCUAGGAGUCCUUCCUUCUCUCCCUUUCUCUCUGUCUCUCUCGCUCUGUCCUUCCUUCUCUCCCUUUCUCUCUGUCUCUCUCGCUAU